AUGAAUUUAGAUUUUAUAUGUUUGAGAAAGCAUUUAUUCAAAGAUACUAUAUAUCAAAUAGAUAUCCAGGAUGAAUAACUUAGGUUAAUUGAUGCUACUUCGAGGAAACCUAAAUAUAUUAUCAAACUAGAUUGGUCUGUUGAAAUUACUUGGAAUUUAACAGGUCAAGAGUAAGCUUUUGGAUUGAAAGCGAAUCAAAAGUUUAAAUGGUUUCAUGCAAAGCCCCAAGUCAUUUCAAAUUUGAAAAAGUAACUACAAAAACAUGUGACAUCAACUGAUUUUAAUCUGUUCUACACUUUAACUACUCAUUAAUCUAAAGAAUUAAGUAAUGAAUUCGAAAUCCUGAAAAAGAGUGAUAACACUGCCAAUUUAAUAGCCAGGUGUGUAUAGAAGGAUUAGAUGGAUGAUCAAAAUAUCAUCUAUGGGGAACUUAAUAUUCUCAAACUCUUAAACCAUUAAGGCGUCCCUAAUUUCGAGGAAUUCUUCUCCACUUAAGAUAUGUACUAUAUCAUUAUGGAAAAAAUGCAAGGAGAAAAGUUAACUACUAUUAUUAACACUUCAAAACUAUAAUUGAACCUUCGCUUGAUUUAAUCAAUACUUGUGGAAUGCUUGCAGAUAUUACAAUAUCUAGAGUCAAUCAAUGUGAUGCAUAGAGACAUCUAACCAGAAAAUAUACUAUAUGAGUAAUAAUAAAACAAGAAAAAAGUUGUUAAAUUAAUUAAUUUCAGUAACUCAGCUAAGGUAGGAACUGAACCUAAGAAAUGCGGUACUCCAGGUUAUAUAGCCCCUGAGAUCUUUUUAGAUCAAUAAUAUGGAUGUGAAUGCGAUAUGUUUUCUCUAGGAUGUGUAUUCUAUAAAUUAUUAGCAAAAAAGGAUUUGUUUCAGGGAUCUAGUCUAGCAGAACUAAUAUCAGAAAAUAAAAAAUGCUCCUUCAACCUUAAGUCUUUAUAACUAAUACGAAUUCCUUCAAGUGCUUAAGACUUAUUGAGUUAAAUGCUCGAGAUUAAUCCUAAACUAAGGAUAUCUGUUCAAGAUGCUUUAAAGCAUCCAUUCAUUAAUGAUCCAUUCAAACCCAACUCCAAUCAGAAUAGUCAAAAUUUCAGCCAAGUCAGAUCGGAAAGAUACUUAAUUUAAAAAGAACUUUUGAGUGUGCAGAGCCAGAAAAAGAAAUUAGAUGAUGAUCUAGAUGUAGAUUACUUUAAUAAUGAAUUGCCUCCCAAGUGUUAAAUUCCAGUGAUGGAUUCGGUGAAAGGAGGUCAAAGAUUUAGCUCUGAUUCAGUUCAAGAUAAUGAUUAAGUAUGUAGAAGAGUUAGUUCUAAAUCAACUGGCUGA